AUGGAUCACAGCUUUCCUUCGCAUUUGGUCUGUGCGGCUGUGUCAGCGCUUGACGGCGGAAUUGGCGCUGGUCUGUCAGCGCUUGGCGCUGGGUCAUCGUUGCCUGAUCUUGGGUCAGGUGCCAGAGCCGAGGAUUACGACACGAACGUCUUUGGCUACUCUGUUCCACUUCCGGCUACGGAUGGAAGUUUUUCGACUAAAUUACCUAAAAUCGAAGUUGACAAAACCGAAGAUUUGGAAGAUGAAAGGGAAGAGAACAGCAGCGCAGUUUCUCCAACCACUUCCACAAAAGCGCACAAACCUCGGCGUCAAAGAACACACUUUACUAGUCACCAGCUGACCGAACUCGAGAAUUGGUUCGCCAGAAAUCGCUAUCCGGAUAUGGCUACGCGAGAGGAGAUCGCAAUUUGGAUCAGUUUGACUGAACCAAGAGUGAGGGUUUGGUUCAAGAAUCGCCGAGCAAAGUGGCGUAAAAGAGAGCGAAACUAUGUGGAUACAAAGGGACUCAAUACAACACUCGGAUCAUCAAUGGGGACGAUUGGAGGGCUACAGACGGGUCUGGGUCUCAGCAGUUUGCAAACUGGUCUACAACAAUCAUUUCUGCACACAUCUGGCCAGAUUGAUGAGAGCUCCUUUUACGGUUACGGUAGCGGUUGGCAGACAAGCAACUACCAGCCGAGGGGCGGGCAAACUGCUUUCAAUUGGUCGAUGAAAAAUCAGUUCGCAUCCGGUCUCCCAGUGAUGUCACAAGGUCGAUUCUCAUCACCGAUGUCUGCCCUGCAUUCCAUGCCUGGAGCAACUCAAGCACUACCAUCUUCAUUAAAUCAGUCGCUUCAACAGCAAGACAAACUGAAGUUGAUGGAUGGGCUCAGUUCAUCGCUAAAUGCUUCUUCUUUCCAAGGAGCUUUACCGCUCAAUACCAGUUAUGCAAACUCUUGUCAAUACACUGGACCACUGUAG